AUGGGAAAACAUCGUCAUAAAAAAUCAUUUUAUGAUGUUGAUGAAGAUGAAUUACAAUCAUCUAAUAAACAUAAUCAUCAUUGUCGUCGUCAUUCAUGUAAUAAACAAAAUGAAACAAAACAAUGUGUACCAUCGAUAUUAUCAUUUAAUAAUAGUAAAAUUGAUGAUGAUGAAGCUGCUUUACAAUCACCACCAGUUAAAAGACAACGAUUAUCAUCAAAUAGUUCACAAUCUCCAUCAAAAAUUUUAUUACAACUUAUUGAAAAUCCUGAAUUUUUAUCAAAUGUUGGUCCUAAAGCAAAAGAAUUUGCUGAAACAGCUCGACAAUUACUUGCUAAACCUAAUUUAGAUCCAACAACACAACAAAUUAUUUGUGCUAUGGCACAGGCAGCUGUAAAUGUUGGUAAACGUCUUAAUUCAUCAUCAUCAACACCAGCUGAUCAAUGUGUUGAUGAAAUAAGUAUUACAAAUAGUACAAUAUAUUCAUCAUCUACACUUCUUUCACCAACAUUAUCAAAUACAAGUAGUUCAUCAACAUCAAAUACUCCUCAACAACAAUAUAAUUCAAUUAAUAUAUCAAAUGAUGAAAAUAAAACAUUAAUAGAACCUGAAAGUGAUGAAGAUAUUCUUAUUAAACAAAUGAUUGAACGUGCAAUGAAAUUAACACAACAAGGUGAUACUCGUCAUGCACAACAUUUACUUGGUAUUAUUCAUGAAAAAUUAUCAAAUAAACGAAAACGUGCUGCUGCUGCUGCUGCAGCUGCAGCUGUUAUUACUAAUACAAAUUGUAUUGAUAAUGAAAAAUUAAAAAUUUCAUCUUCAAAUGAUUUUCAUACAUUAACAUCAUUAUUAAAUGAAGAUUCACAAAAUAGUAAUAAUAAUAAUAAAAUAUCACCUACAGAAUCAGAACAGUCGAAUGAUUAUCAAAAUACAUGUUAUUUUUCAUAUCCACCUCCACCACCACUUCCACCACCACUACCACCACCACCAUUACCAAAUAUAAAUUCAAUAAUAUCACCAUCAAUUUCAGUACCACCUAUAGAACAAGUUCAAGAACUUCUAUCAAAUCCAUCUGAAGUACAAGAUAUUCUUAAAAAAUUAUUUGGUAAUAAUGAUAAUCAAAAAAUAUUUCCACCAGAAGAAUAUCAAAUACAAUCUCAUUUAACAUCAUCAUCAUUAUUUCAUUCUCAACCUCCUAUUUCAUUUAAUAAUAAUCUAAUGUAUUCAUCAUCUAGAUUAAAUAAUAAUAAUCAACUAUUACGAAUUCCAUCAUUACAAUCAACAACAACAGAUUCUCAACCUUAUAAUUCUUCAUUAGCAUUUAUGCAAGGUAAUCGACGUAAUUUACCACCAUUACAAACAAAUGAACGAUGUUUUUCAUCUUCAAAUAAUAAAAAUAAACAACAACAACAACAACAACAACCUAAUCGAUCAUUUUCAUUUUCAUCAUCAUCAUCAUCAUCAAAUAAUAAUAAUGGAAUUAUGCCAUUACUUGCUAAUACUACAUCACCAUCAUUAAUAAGUGCACCACCACUUAUGAAAGUUAAUCCAAAAUUUUCAUUGACAUCACCAACUUCAUUGGAAUCAAUUUCAUCACAUUGGCCAAAUAAUAAUGAACAACAACGUGGUUUUCAUCCAUUUUGGUGUGCUACAUGUGCACUUGGCUUUCCUCAUCAAGUUGCUUAUCAAGAUCAUUUACGAAGUCAUAUUCCAUGUAAUGUUCCUGGUUGUUCAUAUACAGCAUCGGAACAACUCGUUCGAAUUCAUCAUUUAAAUAUUCAUGAAAAUAAUCUACGUAAUCGAAUGAGUAAUAAUAUAGUACAUCAAACACGUCCCAUGUUUCAUCAACAACAAUCAUUAGAACCACCACCACCACCACCACCAUGGCCAUUAAUGCGCAUAGAUAUGAUGUAA